AUGGAGACCAAAAUUGGAAAGUUAUUAACCUGGUUAAAUGAAUCACCCUCAUUUAAUAUCAGUUCAAAAAUUGGUAUCCAUGAAACACCUCAUACAGGUAGAGGUGUAAUUUUAACAAACGACAAACUUCAUAGAAAUGAAGUUAUUAUUUCAGUACCAAGUACACACCAGUUGAAUUUUCAUACGGUGUUGUAUCACAUUUCUAAAUAUAAUACCGAUAUAAAUUUACUAGGAAUCACAAUUCCACGCUCAACAGAGAAUGACAAAAAUUACUUAAAAGAUCUGAAUAGAAAUGAUCCCAGAUUUUUCUACUAUUCUCAGCUAUCUCAAGAAUUUUUAGUAAGCUUGUCAUCUUUUCAAUUACUAUCCCUAUAUAUUCUUUCAGAGUGGAUAUUACUUCCGUAUUGGAGUCAAAAUAAUUCAAGUGAUGAGUAUGAAUCAGACAUAAAACCAAUCCAAUCAUUUUGGCAACCUUUCUUUGAUGUUUGGCCUACAAAACUAGAACUAUCUUCAUUUCCAGCAAUUUGGGACUGUGAUCCAGAUUCUUACUAUAAGUACCUUCUAGAAUAUUUACCAUUUGAGACUUCUAUAAACUAUAAGCGCAUUAGCAAUUUAAUCCAGAUUGAUUGGAAAGUCAUACAACCAGUGUUAUCUAGUUGGAUUGAUCAUAUGAACUCUCAACAAAUAAAUAAUGGUUUAAAUUGUGUGUUACCUACUAUUAGUGAUUUAUAUUACCAAUUUUUACACAUCUAUACAAUUAUUAAUUCUAGAUGCUUAUAUGCAGAGGUCCCAUUGAAAAGUGAUGACGUCAAGAAUAAUUUUACUCUGGUACCAUAUGUAGAUUUCUUAAAUCAUACCUCCAAAGCUGAUGGACAUUGUAUACCAUCGCUAAAUAAAUUGAAGAAAGUUAAAAGUUGUGGCAUUGGUGAAUUUCAAAUCAGGUGCGGUUCUAUGGGAUAUAAAAUGUUAAAAGAAGAGAUAUUUCUGAAUUAUGGAGCACAUUCAAACGAUUUCCUUUUGAACGAAUACGGAUUUGUUAUCAGUGAUGAUAAAAAUUUAGACUGGAACUUUGUUAAUAUCUCUAAUUCUGUUGAAAGUUUGCUUGAAAAUAAUUCAAAAAUGAUUAAAUUCUUGAAAGAGAAUGACUAUUGGGGUGAAUAUACCAUUAACUAUGAUUCUAUUAGUUAUAGAACUUUGAUUGCAUUAUCGUUAUUAGUGACUAAGGAUGUUAGAAGAGUUGAAAAACUUAUGCAGGGGCUAAUUUCUGAAGAAUUUUUUCUUCCAAAAAUAAAUUUACUAUUAAAAUCUAUUCUAACGAAUUAUAAAACGAAAUAUACAAAUAACUUGGAUUAUUUGUUGAGGACACCAAUUAUAGAAGAAAAUACGUUCUGUCGACAAAAUGUCAUAUCCCUAAUUAAAGGAACUUUAAAAAUUAUAGAUCAUCAUUUAGAAAGUAUGUAA